AUGUCAAAAGAUACUUAUAUUGAUUGGUUAAAGGAUGCAAUUGAUAAUGAACAUGUCAAACGCUAUGAAUACUUGGAGUUCAAAGAUGAACAACCUAUAGGGAAUGGCUCAUAUGGAAAUGUUUGUCGUGUUAAUUGGAAAAAUAAAGAUGUUUUCGCCUUAAAAAGUUUUAAUAAUUCUCGAGAGGUCAUUAAAGAAAUUGUGAAAGAGCUUAAACUGCAUAGGAAAGUUAGUUAUCAUAAAAACAUUAUAAGGUUAUAUGGAAUCACAAUGGAGAAACCCAAAUGUUGGAAAGAUGAACCAGAUCAACGGCCUGAUAUACAAAACGUUGUUUUCAUUCUUGAAGCAAUAAUUUCUCCCAAUCAAAGUGCUACAUUAAUUGAUAAUAAUUAUGAAGAUGAAAGUGAUAGUAAUAAAUCUAAACCAAGUAUUAAUUAUGAUUCCAAGCUUAUUGAUUUAGAAAUCGAAAGUUUAGAUAAUUUAGAUCAAAAUUCUGUCCAAUUAGGUCAUUCUUAUCAAUUUGGUAUUGGAACAAAAGAAGGCGAUAAAAAUUUAUAUAAUUGGUAUGCUGAAAAUACUAAAGGUCAAUAUAAAAUUGUAUCAUUAAAAAAAAUGUUUAAUAAUCUAAUAGGUAAAGCCGAUAUUGAUGAUUUAUCUCAAGUAAGUAUAUAA